AUGGCUACCGUCAAAGACUCAAUACCACACAUCAUCCGUACAGCCGAGGACCCUCGGCAGCAGGGCGUCUGGACUGCCCGCCUCAGCAAGAUCGAGCAGGUCAACUCCAAGAUACGUUUGCUGAACCUGAGUCUUCCGAGAGAGGGGCCGCCUCUCCGACACAUGCCAGGGCAGUACAUCGACCUCUACAUCCCCAACGUCGACGUGGUCGGUGGAUUCACAAUCACCUCGCCGCCCCAAGCCGCUUCGUCUCAGCAUCAGCCCAACCCACACAUCGAGCUGGCCAUCCAAGCGUCGCCGAGCAACCCGCCAGCCGCAUACCUCUGGCGACCCGUCCCGGAGAUCUUGGACUCGACUGUGACGUUCCGGGUCGGCGGGACCUUUGCAUACCCUCCGCUUUCGCUCGACAGGGACGAAUGUGCGAAUAUAGACCGAGUAGUCUUCGUGGCCGGAGGGGUCGGCAUCAACCCCAUCAUGAGUAUGAUCUCGGCUAUGGACGAAGUGGGCACGAAGAGCAGAUUGGGCGGAAUGGUCAGCGCAGUAAGAGUCUUGUAUACCGCGAGAAGAGAACAUGGCCCAAACAGCAGCAGCCACAGUGGUGGCCAGGCGGAAGAAGAAGUAUUGUUCGAGAAGAGACUGGCCGACGUCGCCAGAAAGUGGAGCAAUCACGAACAAGUCGACUACCGGUAUACGUUUUUCGAGACAAGCCGGAAAGGUAGUGCAGACGCACAAGGGACGGUCGCUGGAAACAUCACCUAUCGGCAUAGACGUAUUCGCCAUGAUGACCUCUUCCAGGCACUUGGACCAGAAGCCACGCGGGCCAACACUGUGGCCUAUGUCUGCGGGCUGCCGACCAUGACUGAUGAAUUUGUGGAAUUGUUAAAGAAGGCCAAAGGCAUGGACGAGAAGAGGGUCCAAUGUGAGAAAUGGUGGUAG